AUGGCGAAGACACGCAAAGUUCACGUUGUUACGCCGGUCGCCGACAGGUCCUCCACUCUUGUUCAACAAACCGCUCCCGCGGCGCGCCUACCACCUGAAAUCUUGUCAUACAUCUUUCUAUAUCAUCGCUGGUCCACCACAGACUAUACGUGGCUUCACAUUCUUCACGUCUGUCGACAAUGGCGUGCCACAGCCAUCGGAUGUUCGACUCUGUGGACGUAUAUUUCCAAAACACGCAAUCGAUAUCUAAGGCUGUUCAUGCUGAAGUAUUCGAAACAGUCAUCUAUCGUACUCAGAGGAUUGAGGAUUGUGAAGGACUUAUCCCCGGAAACAAAGAAUAUUUUGAAGAACAAUCUUCAUCGCGUCCGGGAGCUUGCACUCACUUUUGAGGCAUGUAAUAAUGUCGCCGAGUGGGUGACGAAGGUCCUCGAUCCCGAGGCGGCACCUAUGUUGAAGGUCCUCGAACUCAGCCUCGAGCGUAGCGGCCUCUUCAAUGACAGCAUUCCUGUCCUCGAUGUGGCCUUGAACAUUCAGUCUUUAGUCACGAACUGUCCCUUGGAGUUCCCCGCAGACCAUCCGCAGGAAAAUCUCAACUCCUUGCGUAUGGACCUCCCUAGCUUUUACCUGAUUAGCCACGACACCCAGCAGGUCACUUAUCUAUGCCGAACGCUCUCCGUGAUGCCUAAACUUACGCAACUCCACAUCUUGAAUCUCUAUGAUCUAUCUGCGUAUAUCCCAUAUUCUGGGCCUUGCGUUACUCUUCCAUACCUGAAGACACUACGUUAUACGGGGACACGUGAUGUUUGUUUGAACAUCCUACAACUCCUUCGACUCCCACCGACAACCCGUUUCGCCUUCCGCUUACACCGCAAAGACUUCGCAUUUCAUUCACUGCAUCCUCUCAUCUCGCAAGCCCUGCACCGCCGCAGGAAGGCCAACUCGACAACAGCGUCAGCUGAAUUUCAUGUAAAAUUGUUCACCAAGAACCACCCCGAACUACCCAUGCAUCGACUCAUCGUGUUCCAAUCGGCUCCUCAUCUGGACGCUACCCUCUCAUCACCUCUCUCCAAACGCCUAACCAACGGAGAUUCGCCAAUCCUCUCUAUUGAGUUCUUCGGUCGCCAUGAUCACAUAACCCCCGUUCAGAGGGUCUCUAAUCCACCCCAAUGUUGGCUUAGCAUAUUCCCGCCCCAAUCCAUCGAAUCUGUGUCCAUGCGCUCAGAGAUUCGGUAUAACUUGGGCCGAGUGGUAUCCAACGCUGGCAGUCUCCACUCAAAUACCGUCCUCUUAGACAAAUUUUCAUUUCUCGCAUGCCCGGGCGCCAAGUCGCUCUACAUCGGAGAUGCAGGCACUGCUGAAUCCAUCGCUCCGUUUCUUGGAGUACGGCUCACCACCCCCAGCAGCUUGGGCAACAAGUUCUUCGCUUUCCCGGACCUCGAGACGCUGACCAUAGGGGAUUUCAACUCGUCUGACCCAUUCGAAGGAUUCAGCGAGGAUACCGAUACUCGUAAGGUAGAGAUAGACAGGGCGAUGCGACAUAUCCAGUUCGCGGUGGAAGAGAGGGCGCGUGCGGGGCAGAAGUUGAAGAGCUUGAGGCUGCCAGCUGUUGUGGCAGAGACAUUGGGGGAGUGGGUCGUACAAGCGAGAGAUAUGGGCUGGGUGGGAAAGCUUGUUUGUGAUGAUCAAGGCUAUGACGACCUUGUUUCUAUGCCUUUGGAGGGAAUAGAUCUCGAAGAAGAUGAACACGAGUAA